CACCGUUGUUUAUAUUACGGCUUAUGAACUAAAAACUUGAAUGUUUUAGCAAUAUCAAAUGAAAUAUCAGGAAUUUCUUUCACAUAAGCCUCUCUAUGAAUAAAUUCGAUGUAUCGCGGUGUUUAGCAAGCGGCUUCCAUUGUAAAUCAAGUCGCAAAUCUUAAAAAAUGUUAGCAUUAUUAAUGUUAAACAGAAUGAGUAUGAAGCGACGUAGUUUACGUGCCAAAGAGACUGCAUUUACUGCCGAAAAGAAGCCGGAUACGCAGUCCAUGUACUGUCGGACCUGCCUGAGCGCCGAGGAGCUUGUGGCUAUUUUCUACAGCCCUGGGAUGGAAAAGAAACGGAGUGAAGAAUUGAGACUCGUCACAGGUUUAGAGAUAAUGGAAAAUGACGGCCUCUCACAAAAAAUGUGCACCAGCUGCAUAGAGAAAGUGAACAACGCCUUACAGUUCAGAAAACAGAGCAAGAAAGCUGAAAAGUCCCUCUUAAAUAUGUCCCUAGGGCUCAAACCAAAGAGAAAAUCAAUAUCAAAAGCAACGCGGAAAACAGUAAAAAUUAAAAGCCCUAAGGCGCAAAAGAUUAAGCAGAAAGUGGAGAAAGAGGAAAUGGAAUUUGAUUGUUCGUAUGAUGAUUUUCAGAAUGAUGAUAGUUAUCAGGAGGUUCCGGUGCUCGAGUAUCCGGAGGAGGGGAAACCUAAAAUAAAGCAGCUUCUAAAGAAGCCAGGCGUCCGAAAGCGGGUGUCCAUCCCUAACGCGGCGUCCUACAAGUGUCCCACUUGCAGCAAGGAGUUCCGUAUGAAGGCCACGUACAAGGCACACAUGCGGUUCCACACCAACUACUGUGUGUGUGAGGCGUGUGGCAAACGCUGUCGCAACAACAACCAAUUACAGGAGCACAAACGCGCGCGGCACGGCCUCGGCCGGAUACACAAGUGCGCCUACUGCGAGUACAGCUCAGCCACCAAGGAGGCGCUCACGAUUCACGAGCGGCGGCACACGGGCGAGCGGCCAUACGUGUGCGACCACUGCGGCGCCUCCUUCCACCGCCGGUCUAACCUGGUGCAGCACAUCGCCAUACACCUGCCCGAGAAGAACUUCCAGUGUACGCUGUGUAUGAAGCGAGAGAAGUCGAAGAAGUUGCUUCAAGUGCACGUGUUCAAGGCACACCGGGAGAAGAGAUACAGGUACAUCUGCCCCGUAUGUAGAGACACGUUCACGCGGCCCGGCAACGUGCGCCAGCACCUCGCGCGCUCGCACGGCGUGUCGCGCGCCGACCAGCCGCACAUCGACCGCUUCCAGGUACAUAGUAACGUUACAGAAGAGAUUCCACCACGGGUGCUCACUUAUUUAUAGAUAUACUAAAAUUAUUUGUUAAAUGU